AUGCCUGUCUCGCCCUCAUUCACGAUUUCCAGCAUUGAGACCUGGGUCUCUCUCAAGCAACUGCUGCGGAAACUGAUGGAGAAGGAACAUGUCUUCAUACCCGCUAGUUCUCCUCACAUGCACUAUGUUGGACGGUGGAUGCCCACUUCCAACCAACUCCGUCGGGAUGCGGCAUUUCCAGGCUCGUACGUCGAGAUGGUGAUAGCAAACACUACCGGCCUUUCCCUCUCUCUCAACAAUCUCAACUCCGCCUCCAAACAACAGCCUGAGCGUUUGGAAGCAAGGGACAUCCACCACUCCGAAUUUCGAUCCAUCAGUGCCAGAGCCUCAGACCCCGUACACCUCGUGGUGUUGAUCGAAGGCCACAAUACCUAUUGGGUCGAAGCGGCGGGGAUGGUGGUCUCGGUUACAAAGCAUCUUGAUCCGCAAAAGACGUACAGAGUCAAGCUCACACACAUGGGAGGUCCGCAUGGUACCAAUGGAGCACUCGAGUUUGAAGGAAUUUGGCUCGACAAAGCCGCGCCCGCAGAGGCCGGCACAGUGUCGUCAACCUUGGCAGAGACCUCUUCGCUACCGAGACUUCUCCCCCUUCGUGAAGACCACCUCGACAGAACCUCAUUGAAUGGAGAAUAUAUGCGCCGACGAUCGAGAAAAGUGGUCGAGAUAGUCACGUCAGAUGGUUCUCUCUCAGUCAUGAAUCACCUGCCGCCGAUAAGUGGGAGUGAUGUGGACAAAGGAGUAGACAACUGGUACAACGGACUCGACGCAGUCGUCUUAGACACGGGGGGAAUUGGCUUGCUGCCAACAGGAGAGUCGGGAUUGACCCUCAGGGAUCAAUUCUUCCGUGCUGGCCCUCUGGGAACAAAGGCUUUUUCGCGUCCUUGGAAUUUCAAGCUGUACCGUCCUUCAGUGCUCCUCCUCCAGCUCGGCUCUGUGGAUUUCGGCGCAUUCUUCUCUUCACUUGCCACCGGGAAACCCGUCAGCAAGCAUGCUCUGGCCAAGUUCACCAACGAGUUCAUCGAUGCCUACGUCAAUUUGAUCCAAGCGAUCCGUACUAACGCGUAUCCAUUUAAUCCUGCGGCAACAGGGCCUACCAGCGACUUGGAGGACGACGACAACGACGGCAGCUACAUCUACAACUCGGCACCAUCUACACUCUCCAUCUUCCUCCUCGCGCCAUUCUCUGCACUGCGGUACCCGGUCACCAGGAAACUCAAGCUUGACCGGGUCAUCUCCUAUGCCGUCGCGCAGGUCGUCUCAACGCUACAAAGCCAAGGGGACAAAUCGACAUUCUGGAUCGACACGAGCGGGUGGCUCAACGUGGCGACGGACUUCGACAGUGGCCUGGCCAGUUCGAACUCGUCCGAGCAGUUAUCAUCACCACCAUCAUCGUCUGUGCUCAACCGAUCCGGAAUGAUCAAGGUCACGACCCUGCUCGCAGACCAUCUCUGCCCGUACAUUGGGCCCAGCUCAGCCAAAGGAACGACCGCGACCGAGGACCCAUGCCCCUUUGACAAGUACGACAAUUAUCUCGGCAACGUCUAUCUGCCCACGGACGUCGACUUUGACAGAGCCCUCCUGGAGCACAAGAUUGAAUUGAUCAAGCACCGUUUCAACCUGUAG